AUGCAGCCGCCACGGCCACCACUUUACUCAGGGCGAGACGUGCCAAGUCAGUAUGUGCCCCUCAGCCGUAUUCUCCGCGUUCUCUGUCUCUGCCCUGCGGUCUGGGGCAUCUAUAUCCAUAUCCAGCAAGCAAAGAGCAUUCAGGAUCGCGACGCACGAGCAUUGAUGAUUAUGAAGAGCACGACCCUCGAUAUCUAUGUUGGCAUCCUCUGGUGUAUGCUUGUGGGUCUCUGGAGCUCAUGGUUGACAAACAACUUGAUCCGUCGCUGGUUCAUCCACUACGAACCCCGCCCUGCCCUCAUCCGUCUCUUCACCCUUGCCACCAUCUACUGGUUCUCCGUCGUCACCUUUGUCAGCUACUUUGGCGACGACAAACCCAUCUGGCCCUGGAUGGCCAUCAGCGCACUCCUCGCCAUCGCUCAAAUCAUCCAAAUCAUCCACUUUCGAUUCCAGGGCAACUACCGGAUGGGUUCCCAAAAGUCCUCCAGAGGAAACUUGGGCGGCACUGGAGCAGGAUCAGACUCGGAUCACUGGAGGGUCAUCUUGCGAACCGUGGUCGUCCCCGGAGGCAUUGUCUCCUUUAUCACAAUGAUGAUGCUCCUAUACCAGAACAACGCUCGCCCUUCUUCUGCCGAGGCUUUGGCCACUGCAGGUGCUGCUGCCAUUGCCUCAGCUAACGCUGCUAAGCAGGUCAUGGGCAACGCACAGCUCCAGAUCUUGAUCUUGAUUGUGACCUCCUGGACCCCCAAGGCAGCACGGAAACGUCAGGAUGGCCGUGAAACUACCUUGAGACUUUUGCCACCACCCUCUGCGCAGUUUGCAUACACCUACAAGUUCAUUUUAGGCGAGGCCCCUAACGCUCGCGUCAGGGAUACCAUGGGUAGCAAGUUGAAGGCAGAGCAGGACAAGUACGGCGACCUGUUGUUUUUGCCUGUCUCGGAUACGUAUGAAGACCUGAGUCACAAGGUGUUCAAGGGUCUGGAGUGGGGCAACAACUUCAAAUUCGACUUUUUGUGCAAGACCGACGACGAUAUCUUUGUUAGAUGGGACACUGUCGCCCAGGAGCUCAUGGACAUUGGACCAACUCACUACUACUGGCGAGGUCUUGCUUUCUGGGAUAUGGUGCCUAUCCACAACCCAGAGAACAAGAACAGCGACAGUCAGUACAAGCUCGGAGUCUUCCCUCCAUACGUGGCAGGAUCGCUCUACAUCUUCUCCAGAGACGUCGUCACCUUGCUCACCUAUCCCGGUCCCCGCUUUUUUACCAAGAACGAGGAUCAGAACAUCGGUAUUUGGCUUCACCCUUUCAACGUCAAGCCCAUUCACGACAAGCGUAUCCAGCAGUGGGAUGUCUGCGAGAACGACAUGCUCGCCAAGCAUUUUAGUGACGACUUUGUGCCUGCCGAGUCCAUGCAUUCAAUGUACAAGAACGUAGUCGAGAACCGUCCCCUCUGCCAAGGAUUCCGUCAAGUCUACUGCACAGCCUGCUACUCGUGUAUCGGUCGUGUCAACCACUGGAGAGAUUGGGGUGUUGCCUGCGACAACCUGAAGGGCAUCACCAGCUUGAACAAGAACGCACCUCUGUAUGCCGGCCAGUACUCUGUCGACAUCAAGGAUCCCAUGCCCACCUACAGUACCAAGGAUGAAUGGAUCUUGCCCGGACUCUUGAGUGACGCCAGCAGCAUCUACUCGGACUCGGACGAUUGGGCUAGGUUGCACUGGGCCAUUUGGACCACCGACCCUACGACCACAUGGCAGGCUCGCCACUUCCAGGCGAUCGAGACCGUCUUUGUCCACAACCCCGAUGCUAUUCUCUUAAUUCUGUCGAACACUUUGCCUGCUGACUACUUCCAGGAUUACACUCGCCAGGGUUACCAAAUCCACAUCCUCUCCUUCUCUAAGGAGUUGCUCCUCAAGCGCAAGUGGUUCUUCAGCCCCAACACCGAGGAGUGGCUGAAGCGGUGGGACGAGUGGUCCGAGGGAGGCGAGUUCUUCCCCGUCCACUUGGCCGAUUAUCUGAGAUUGGUCGCUCUCUACAAGUAUGGUGGUCUCUACAUGGACAUGGAUGCACUAUGGGUCCGCGCCCCUGGCGAUGGAGUUACAGAGUUCAUUGGUGCCGAUCUGUCUGACAACGAUAACGAUCGUUCCUGGACUUUGGACGAGACAAACACCUACCUGGCCAACGGAGUGAUGCGAUUCCAGCGUGGACGCUCCAUGUUCCGCCACAUCGCCGAGGGCUACUUCACCGUCACCAACUACGACCCCAAGUGCUUCAACUGCGGCGGUCCCAAGGCCUUCACAACCUACGUCAAGUCCCACCGGGAAACACUCGAGAACAACGGUCUCCGUAUCCUGCCCCGCCAAGCUCUUUACCCCUUCAACUGGAAGGAGGUUGAGGGGGCCCUCAAGUCGUCCAAGGACGCCGAGGAGCAGUUGCAGAAGAUCGAGGAGCGUGGAAUCGGCCUUCACCUCUACGGCAAGGUCACGAGCAGGAAGACGAUUGAGGACGGCAGUGUCGUUGCUGCGGCUCUCAAGAUCUGGAGCUUGGAUAUCUUUACAACCAACCACAACAAUGUCGCCGCAGGGUUCACUUCCACCUCGCUGCCCAUCUUGCAAGGUCCCACAACUCUUUAUUACCACGUCUUGCCAGCAGCGAAUUCAGGGCCUACAGCUAUCAAGGGUACCGUCAUCGAAAAGACCCCCGGUAACUUCCAAGGAGUUGAUGCCAUCUUUGUCCGUGGUAUCCAUCGCCCUGCACCCAACGCCUCGCCCAAGAUACAGACGACCAAGAAGGCCUCGAUCGUGAUCACAGUUCGCGAGGGUUCAGUGGCUAUGGACGCCCUGGGCGCCGGUAACCGCAAGGUCGAGUUGGAUCUGGGCGAGUCUGUCACCAUGGCACAAUUGAACCGGGCCUUGUCACGGGUGCGUUACAUCCCUCCUCCUUCUGCCUGGACCGGUUCUGAUCAAGUCACCGUCGAUGUCGUCUUUGGUGACAUGGAGCAUGAAUUGGUUAUCCCUGUCGUCCGCAAAGUUCGUUCCCCUCAUCAUCUUUCGAACAAAGCAUAA